AUGGGAACUAAGUCUCGUCAAAAGAAGACAUCGCUUUCACGAGGUUAUUCAACUUCUUCUACCGUGAUGAUGUUUGAUGAUGAUCCUGGAAUUAUGUCUGAGGUUGAAACGUCUAGUACUGGAUUUCGAAGAGGUGGAAAACAAAGGAGUAGUUUACCCGUUGUUCGAACACCUAGCAAAACACUUGAGCGACCAUUAGGAUUAGUUUUCCUACAAUUUAGAAAAGAAACUAAAAGAGCUUUGCUGCCGAAUGAAAUAACAAGUAUAGAUACUGUGAAAGCUCUUUUCGUUCGAAGUUUUCCAAAGCAACUUUCGAUGGAAUAUCUUGACAAUCCAGAUGUAAAAGUGUAUAUUCACGACAGUACUAAAGACAUGUUUUAUGAACUUGAAGAUCAUCGAUCACAUUUGAGAGACAUCAAAGAUCGCAGUGUUCUCAGAGUAAUCGAAAAAUCGGACAGGAUCAUAGGUCUGACUCCAGGUUUUGGAUCUGUAAUCAGUGAUGCUCCUAGUAUUUCUCCUCAUUGGGAAGAUCAAAGUUAUUUCAGUGAACCUGAGUUUGACAGUGAUUUUCAACAUCAGCACAUUCACAAAAGCAAAGUAUGUUAUACAUGA